GAGUCUUGAGAAGAAGCCAACACCCAGUUUUCUGAGUAUAUAAUCUCGCCAAAAAGGAAUCUUCAGAUCUGGCAUGCUGGGUCCUUAAGACCGACUUCAAUCAAGGGUUUCAACAGUAUGUCCGAGAGCCAAGGCCACUCUCCCAGGAACUUAUACAAUGUCCCACCACUCUCUGCCAUUGUACAUGGGUCUAAGCUCAUAAGCUUUGAAGAUGGAUUUUUUUUACCCAGCAGCUGCCAUGGCAGGACCUGGCUCCUGGACGACUUUCAAGAAACCUGCAGUGAAACUACCAGCUGCAAAGUGCCCAACUGUAAACAGGAACUGGGCACAGAGCAGAGCUGCAUGCAAAGUGCUUGCCUUCCCAGAGUUUUCCAAACAACUUGCUCUAAUUCCAGGCCCUGUGAAAAGACAAUAUGCCAAUCAGGACGUUCCUCAGCAAUGUUGGCGUGUGUUUCUCAGCCUUGCCAGUCAGGAAGCAGCCAGAAAGUUAUAGUCCAGAACUGCCAGCCUGUGAGCCACGUGGCAAAGAGUUGUCCACCCAAGACUUAUCUGUCUAAGAGUUGUCAGACUCUGGAAUGUGACCCUGGCCAAUGUCAAUCUCAGAGCCCUGAAUCCGGUUCCUGUAGGCCUCCGGUCUAUGUCGCACCAGGGCCACAACUCCUGGAAUCUUCUUCUAACACUUAUGAGCCAACCUGCUGUGUUACUGGUGGUUUGCAACUGCCUAGUAAGUGAAGAAUGCAGAGAAUGUGUAGAGGAGAUAACAUAGUCUAAUUCAGAUAAAUUGAUUUUCCAAGGUAUCUAGGAACUUUUAUUUCUCUAAAUACGUAUUAUUUUUUGUGUGUUUGUGAGUGAAUGGACAGGUCUUUUGCUGUCUACAAAGAGAAGAGAUUUUGGUUUUUGCUCUUUGGGGCAUUUCUGGUAGGAAGCUGGGAUUGGGAAGCGUGUUAAAUAUUUUAGGUCACUAGGACACUAUUUGCAGAGCACUUAGAGUUGCAACCAGUAACUAACAUGAGUACUGGUUAUUAUCAGCGGAAACACUUAGCACUGAAUCUGGUUUAUUAUAAUAUAUAAAUGUAAUGUGUGCCUAAUCUCAGAAAUCUGGAUUAUAUUGUAGUUUAAAGGGACCCUGAACCCUGUCUAGUUCCAUGAAUCUGAUGGGUUCAACUCUAUCAGAUGUUGUCCGUGUUGUUAAUAACAUCAGAACCACAGUUGAAAUCUGUAUCUACCCCCUGUCCAUUCACUAUUUUAUCUGCUGUAUCACAACUCUCUUGUAGUCAACUGUGAGAUUGAAUCUAUUGCUGGAAAAGUGCAAGAGAAUUUUCAAUUUCACUUCCAUGGACUUCAUAACCCCAUAGUAGCCAGAGAGCUUUGAAUAUAAUGAGCUCCGGCUCAUUAUAUUCCACUGCAUUUCUGCUAUCCGUCUUCUUCUUUUCACUAUUUCUUAAGUGUUUUCUGAGUUGGGAAAACACUCUUCGUGUUAAAUAAAUUUACUGCGUUUAG